AUGAGUGCAGUUGAUCUAGAAUUAGACUAUCAAAUCCAGUCCACGAUCACAGAAGAGAUGGGAGACGCAACGGUCCUCACAAUCGCACAUGGAUUACGGACGGUUGUCGGGUAUGAUCGUAUUCUCGUAUUGGAUCAAGGUCGCAUUGUAGAGUUUGACACGCCCCAAAGGUUACUGGAACAAGAGGAUAGGUUAUUUGCUCGUAGGGAGUGUAGACUGGGAAGAGUUGGGGAGGAUGCGCUUUGCCCAUAUGCAACUCCUGGUGGUCGGUGCCUAUUUAGCGUGGUAUGGUUUACCAGUCUUCUCAACGACAAGGCGCGGGACUCCGGUUUCCCAUCUCCUUUUGACACCACUAGGGAAGGGUUGAUUUGUUUCGAAAUCCCAUUUGGCAUAGCUUCCCUGAAUUUUAUAAAAUUACAACAAGAAUAUCGGAGGUACUUGUUCACCAUUGAAGCAUGCUCCGAACUCACACCUCCCAGAAUGGUUGGGAUUUUUUCUCUCGGUAUACCGUCUGUCAGAUUGGUGAAACAGGGAGAUAAAUGA